AUGGCAGCCGUGGUAGACAAGAGCGCAAUUCUUGCGACCGCGGGCCAAGGGAUCAACGAGCUCAUUUCGUGGGCGACCGGAAGCGGCAAGCCGCCUGUCUCCAACACCUACGAGGCCUGCCGCUGCCAACUGCGCCUCCCGACACCGCUCGACGACGUCGGCCGCCUCCUCGCGUCGCCCAACGACGCGGCCGCCGCGGCGUCGUACGUGCACGUGGACAAGUCGACGCUCCUGCAUGUAGUCGAGAGCGACCAUUUGCAUGUCGAGCUGCGCUACGGCAUCUUCAAGGCGCCGGUGCCCUUCAUGCGCGACCGCGACGUGACCUACAUUGAGUGCUUCAAGGCGUUCACGGACACGAAUGGCCGGCGCGGCGUCGCGCGUUACCUCACGUCGCACGAGUUCCCGACUACGACGCCCAACGCCAGCUAUGUCCGUGCUGUCGUCCGGACGUGGGGCAUCGUUGUCGUCGAGUCGAGCGACCCGCUCGUGCUCCACGCGAGCUCGGUGGUCGACGUCGACUGGAAGAGCGUGUCGACGGUCAUUGGGUCGCGCAUGACGUCGCGCCGCGCACAGAGCGUCAAGCACCUCGACACGGUCGUCCGCGCGUCGCUCAAGAAGCUCUUUGAGCGCUGCUCCAUGUGCCUCACCAAGCCGUCGAGCUUUGAGCGCGCCAACAACUUUGUCGCGUGCGUCGGGUGCGCCAAGCCGCUCUGCGUCGGGUGCAAAGACAUUGGCAGCCGCGCGUCCGGGGUUGCAAUUUGUCUGGCGUGCGCGGGCGCAAAGGCACGCGCCAAGGUGCCCACCCGGGAGACGCUGCUCGAGUCCGAAGCGUCCACCGUCGAGUCCGACACCAAGUCGCCGCCCGUGCACCGGACGCCCCGGCGCCUCUCGUGUGAAAGCGGCUGGCUCACGCCACAGUACCACCGGCCCCGCCGCCAGACUGAGGCGCCAUUGGACUUGACGUAUCUCGCGUCCUUUCAAGGCAGCACCGCAUAG